AUGGCUCCAACGUCGCCCACGCCUCGACGAACUCCCACGGGCCGCCGUCGAGGCCGUCCUCCCGCGGCGGCGGCGGCUGCUGCUACUGCCACGACUGCGUCUCCGUCGUCAGAGCCACCUUCUAAAAGACGUCGCUAUGUGCCAGGAGGACCUGGAGGCGGCGGACGCUUCCUCGAAUCGGAAAACCCCGGCACCCCCCUCGCGGCCGGCCCUGCAACCGUAUCGAGGGCCAGGACUGCCGGACACGACCUUGUCAACGGAGAUACCCCGUCCGCCCUUCCCCGACGCGAGAGGAGCACGCGCACACGAGCCGCCGCGAGCGAAGACCUGGAGGAGAUGCGGUGGGGCUCUGCUGCCGCCAUGGCCGCCUCGGUGAAGCAGGCCGAGGACUACAAGCCUCGCGAGGAGCGGGGCUGGGAAGAGUUCCACCCCAACCUCGACAUUGAGCAGCCCUUCAUCGUCUUCACCGCCGAGGAGGUGGACGGCGCCCCGCACGUAAAGCCUGCGUCCACGGGUAACACGCCUAAUCCGCAGGACAAGCAGGACCCGAAUCCCUUUGAUGUGUCCAACGGGACCCCGUCGCGGCGCCCCCGGCGGCAGCAUCGCGACGUGGUGAGCUUCUACGGGGCUCGCUCCGUCGACUUUGCCACCACCCCAAAGACGCCCAAGAUACUACCCAUACAGAACCAGACUCCGAAAGAGCGACUCGACCUGAAGCUGCCAUCCUAUCGCAAGACGAACCGCAUCGAGCUCUUUGAGAGCAAGACGUUUGGCCAAGCGCGCUAUGUCGACAAGUCGAUGAGCAAUGCCAUUGACGGCAAUGCCGAGGACGAGGCGGACCAGUCGACGACGACUCCAAAGGCGGAUGACCACGCCCCCCACUAUAGACUUGGACGUGUCGAAUACGACAUGGACGAGCAAGACGACAUGUGGCUGGAGCAAUUCAACGCUCAGCGCAAGCAGAACGAGCUCGAGGCCAUCACCAGAGAGGUGUUUGAGAUUACCAUGACCAAGAUUGAAAAGGAGUGGCACGCCCUGGAGAAACGGAUACCCAAGCCAAACCCCAAGCCCCCCCAGACGCACCGGCCACGGUCCAGCUCCGCUGCCGCCGUCAACGGCGAGACGCAGGCGGGCGACGAGCCAGACAGCAAGUGCGCGGUGUGCGACGACGGGGACUGCGAAAACACAAACGCCAUCGUCUUUUGCGACGGCUGCAACCUGGCCGUCCACCAAGAGUGCUACGGCGUGCCCUUUAUCCCCGAAGGCCAGUGGCUGUGUCGAAAGUGCCAGCUCUGCGGCCGCGGAGUGCCUACGUGCAUCUUCUGCCCCAACACCGACGGGGCCUUCAAGCAGACCAACUCGUCCAAGUGGGCUCACCUGCUCUGCGCCAUGUGGAUUCCCGAAAUCUCGCUCGGCAACCACACCUUUAUGGAGCCCGUCAUGGAUGUGGAAAAGGUGCCCAAGACGAGGUGGAAGCUUUCUUGCUACAUUUGCCAUCAGAGGAUGGGAGCGUGCAUCCAGUGCGGAAACAAGAAUUGCUAUCAGGCCUUUCAUGUUACCUGCGCCAGGAGGGCUCGCCUCUUUCUUAAGAUGAAGACGAGCCAGGGCGCGCUCGCGGUCCUGGACGGCGGCAUGGUGCUCAAAGCGUUUUGCAAUAAGCACUGCCCCCUCGACUACGCCCAGGAGAACAAUGUUCAUCAAGCCACCCGGGUGGCCAAGAAGUUCUACAAGCGGAACAUGAGGGGCCGCAUCUGGGCGGACAACUACGCCAUUGCCAAUGUCAUUGCCGCCCAGCACCGCAAUGCCAUCACCGAGCACCCUCCAGACGAGUCCCAGAUGACAGGGGCCAAGAACUCGGCCGUGCUUGGCGACAAGAAAAAGGGCGGUCAGCCCCCCAAGAACCUGUGGAAGCUACCGUCCGGGGCCCCCAUCAUCCCGCAGGCCGUCUUUGACGUGGUCGAGGCUUCCAUCCAGCGCUUCCCCUUUAGGAAACGAAAGGAUUUCCUGAGCGAAGCGUGUCGCUACUGGACCCUGAAGCGGGAGGCGCGGCGCGGCGCUGCCUUGCUCAAGCGCUUGCAGCUCCAGAUGGAGACGUUUUCCUCCAUGGAGCUGACGAGGCGGAACUUUGCCUCGAUGGGUCCCGGCGGCAAGGCGCGGCUGGCACGACGCAUCGAGUUUGGCCAGAGCAUCAUCCGAGACCUCGAGCAACUCAGGAUGCUCUCCGAGGAGGUGGUGCAGCGCGAACAGAUGAAGGUGGACGCGGCCGAGCUCGAGCAAGACUUUGUUGACGAAUGCUACUUUCCCGUAGCGAAGCUCCUUGCGCCGGCGAUUGAGAAGGCGACAUCGCUGGACAAGAACCUCUUCGCCAAGGGCUUGGCUGGGGUGCAAACCCGCAUAGAAAAGCGGUUCUACGUGACGGCGCUUUCUUUUGCUCAGGACCUCGGGGACAUAAUUGGCGAGGGCAUUGCGACGGCGCCCAGGGUGGAGGAGGUUGCCGAGCAGCGCUUCGAAGCGGCAGACGCGGCGCCGCCCAAGAGCGCCUUCACGGACAUUCGCGAACGCCGGAAGCUGGGGAAGCGGAUCCUCAAGGCCGUGCAGCCGUAUCUCGAGACGGCAUUGCGGGUCGAGUCCGAGAUUUCGAACAAGCCGUACGAGAACCUGCAAAAGGAGUUGGAGACGCUGGUGGACGCGAGUGUCGACGCGGCGCGGGCGUCUGCCGGCGGUGAGUUGAAGCGCGAGGGCGAAGAAGAGGAAGACACCAUCAUGGUGGACGCGCCCAACUCAUCCGAGAUUACGGUCAAGAGCGCGUUCCGCGGUACAGUCACCGCCGCCGCCGAGGCCGACGCCAUGGACACGGCCGAAGAUGGCGAGGGUCAGGAUGGCGGCAACAUCGAGGUCAACACGUCUGGGCUGGGCAUCGUCAAUCAAGGCGCCUCGGAAGCGAUCGAGGUCUCGCUGCGCAAGAGCAAGAGAGGUUCGGCGAGCAACGGAGUCGACCCGUCCGAGACUCCGCCCGCGAGCCACGGGUUCCCAGCGUUGGCGCGCCCAGAGCAGCCGGGGCCGCCCACACCCCCCCAAUCCAACGGCAGCUUUGGCAAGGAGCCCGGCGACUCGCUAGCCGAGGGGGGCAUCCUCUGGUACCUCAAGACGAUGAAGCCCGUUGGCACGUCCAUCCUGAGCGAGCACUGGGCCGCGGGACGGGACGCGGUGCGGAUGCUGAGCGAAGACCUGACGGACCUGGACGACGAGGAGCUCCGGGGCCUCGGGGCCGAUGUGGACGAGGCCGUGGCAGCCGCGGCCAUGGAUACGGAGCCGACGGUGGACACUGUGGUGAGCACCAGCAAGAGCAAGGCGAGUAGCAAAGCCAGGAAGCGGCGGGCGUCGGGGAGAAGACGAUGA